AUGAAGUUCAACUUUGCCUCAGUCACUUUAUUCCUUACUGCUGCUGUCUCGACAGUCGCUGCUACUUCUUUAGCGCCAUCGCCUUUGGAAUUGACUCCAAGAGAAUAUGAAAUUGCCAACAAUGCAAUCUACAAUUUACAACAUUACAAUUCCAAGAGAUCUUUAUUGACUGAAGCUGAGCUUUCCAAAAGAGAAUCAGAUAUAGUUACACAAAUCUUGACCAUCGUUAAGGAUACAAACUUGGCUCCAGGCGUCAUUCACUACCUUAUUUCUGACUUUAUCUUGGCACGUGUUACUAAACAGGUUGUCAUCACUGCUAUUCAAAAUGGUUGGAUUAACUUGGGAACCUUGAUGAAAUCAUUGAACGAUUCAGGCUUAGCUAUUAGUGUUAUUGAGGACCUUAUCAACGAUUGUGCUUUCUACACGCAAAUGUUUAAAUUGAUUGGUAAUUUGAUCCUGGGCUUACCUACGGCGGUCAGUGCUGAAGCAGGUGUUAGCCCCCAAGUUGUUUCUGCUGCUGUUAGUAAGAGGGAUGAGGUGCCAUUGUAUGCCAGAGACGCACAAGAUGUUCUUACCUCAUUGAUGGAAUCAUUAAAAGAUUCCGGUUUGGCUAACCAAGUUGUUGAAGCUUUGGUUAUUGAUGAUGACUUUUACACUUUUGGUGCUGACUUGGUAUCAAAAUUGUUUUCAUCAGGAGCUAUUACACUUGAACAAUUGGGUGAGGAUUUGGUCAACUCAGGUUUGCUUCCACCAAUUCUUAAUUUGUUAUUGAAUGUUGACACUAUCCAAAAGAUUGUUAUUAAGGCAUUGGGUGCUGCUCUUGGUACCUGCAGAAAUUCUCCAACAACAUCCUCAAUUGUGACUAAACCAACCGGUGGCCCAGCUCCAACAGUUUCUACAGGAAGUGUUGAUCUUAGCACAAUAUUCGACACCAUUGUUGGCACCGAAACACCAGCGGAUUUGAGCAGCUCGGCUACUGAUGCAACGUUAAGUCCAACAACUGUUGAUACGAGCUCCACUCCUGCUGCCACUGAAGCUUCUAGUGAUCUCACUUAUAUUGGCUUGCCUUCAGAACCGGCUGUAAGCAUUGACACUACCACCAAGGUUGCUGAUGUAAGCCCAACUCCAGAUACCACUUUCAGCACCGUAACUACUUCAAGUCCACCAAAGAAAUGCAGAAAAAAAAAGAGAGCAAUUUAA